AUGAUGGAUGACGUCGAUCGCCACUUAAAGGCGGCGACGAUCGCGGCUCUAAACGUCCCAUUUGAACACCAUAUGGAAUCUUUCAGCAAGGCGAGAACGGUUGGCGGCGAAAGAGUGCGACCGAAUGACAGCGUGGAACUGAGAGAUGGCAGUUUUCUGCGUAUUAUGUUCAUCACCAAAGACGACGACGGGGCAAAGGUUCUGCACGGGUAUCGCUUGCUACGAAAUGAUGAAGUUGACAAGAGAUUCUCGGAGGAACGAGGUCAUUACCUGAUGUCUCUUCUACCUUGCGACGACCGAAACGAGCUGUGCGUUAUUGUGAGGACGACCACAGAUACGGAUGCUAUUGAUAGCUUCCUAGUCAGCGAACCUCUGAGAAACGUUGCCUGCAAACGCCACAUCGUUAUCACUAAUACUCUAUGGUAUCAUGGCAAGACUAACCACUCCCCACAAGACCACGAACACGACGCAAUUUUAUUCUGUCGCUACAAAUAUAUUGAGAAGGCUGACCUGAAAAGGCGCAAGAUCUCCGAGUUCAAGUUGCGUCGGGUGUCUAGGGCCGAGAGUGACGUUGACAACGGGAUAGCUCCAUUCUGGCUGCUGCAUGAGCAUCGCUUGGGUCAAGACCGCUUGAGGCGCUCGAAUGAACAAUACUCAUACGCCGAUGUAUGUGCCGGUGCUGGGGGUACCAGUCGAGCGGCCAUACUUGCGGGUCUGACGCCACAAUUUCUACUGGACAUCGAUACAAACGCCUGCACAACCCUGAGACUCAAUUUCGGAUCUGAAGUCGUUUUGCAAAUGGAUGUGCGUGAAUUCUCACAGCUCAAGGAGAGCGGCAACGUCGUCGACGUAGUGCAUUUCUCAUUUGUAUGCAAAGGACAUUCUGCGGCCAAUCGCCACACAAACCCAGAAAGAGAUGCUGCACACAUCGCACUCGGGUACAUUCUCUCAGACAUCCUCAAGAUGUGUAGGCCUAGAAUCGUCACAAUGGAACAAGUGCCAGGAGUGGAGAACCGCUCAGAUGACGGUCAGCACCUCCGAGCCUACAUCCAAGCGUUAACAGAGAACGGUUACGAUUGCAGUUGGCGAAUUGUCAAUUUCCAAGAACAUGGCCUUGCCCAGGCAAGAAAACGCAUAAUCAUACUAGCUGCCUGUCCCGGACAAAGAAUACCCUCGUGGCCUCGCCCAACCAAUGGCAUCGGUCCGCAAUUGCUCAAGCCUGUCACAAUCAAGGACGCUCUUCUUCUUGUUCCGAAUAUCGAGGAUCUUCCGGGUCAUAUGCUGCAGCAUACACGGAAACCUCACGCCGAACAUACCGAUGCACGAAAGCCACUCCCGAGCUGCAUCACUACUAGUGGCGGAAAGUCUGACGUCCACCCUUACGAGAAACGCAGCUUCAACAUGGCAGAACUGGCGGCCCUUAAUGGGUUCCCUGCCUGGCAUCGUUUCCCAGACAACCUAGGCGUCACAGGAUUGCGUGAACUUAUCGGCAACGCUGUGCCUGCGCUUUCUUUCAAGGCUUUCUUUGACAAGGUUUUUGAAGCUCUAAAGGAGACCGAUGAGGACAAUUAUGAGUAUGAGCAUACAGAGGAUCGAGAUUACGUGGUGGACUAG